CCUGAUAGGGACCGACAGCAACAGAUGAGCAAGGAGCUGGCGGCAAUGGGGCCUGGAGCUUCAGUGGACGAGAUGAAGACAGGGAAUUCUCUGCGUUCAGCCCUGGGCUCUGAAGUCAGCCUGCACACCUACGACGUCUUGGUGGUGGUCAUCUACUUUGUCUUCGUCAUCGCGGUGGGGAUCUGGUCAUCAAUCCGUGCGAGCCGAGGGACCAUCGGUGGCUAUUUCUUGGCGGGGAGGUCCAUGAGCUGGUGGCCAUUCCCACGUCCCAACAUCCCCAGGAGAAUGAGAAGUUGGGAGACUGGGAGUCCCCAGACGUCACAGCUGAUUGGUGCAUCCCUGAUGUCCAGCAAUGUGGGUAGUGGCUUGUUCAUCGGCCUGGCUGGCACAGGGGCUGCUGGGGGCCUUGCUGUGGGCGGCUUCGAGUGGAAUGCAGUCUUCCUGCUUCUGGCCCUUGGCUGGAUCUUUGUCCCUGUGUACAUCGCAGCUGGUGUGGUCACCAUGCCACAGUACCUGAAGAAGCGAUUUGGCGGGCAGAGGAUCCAGGUGUACAUGUCUGUCCUAUCUCUCAUCCUCUACAUCUUCACCAAGAUAUCGACCGACAUCUUCUCUGGAGCCCUCUUCAUCCAGGUGGCUUUGGGCUGGAACCUCUACCUCUCCACAGUGAUCCUGCUGGUGGUGACAGCCGUCUACACCAUCACAGGAGGCCUCAUGGCUGUGAUCUAUACAGAUGCUCUGCAGACGGUGAUCAUGGUAGGGGGAGCCCUGGUCCUCAUGUUUCUAGGCUUUCAGGAGGUGGGCUGGUACCCUGGCCUGCAGCAACUGUACAGGCAGGCGCUCCCUAAUGCCACAGUCCCCAACACCACUUGUCACCUCCCACGGCCAGAUGCCUUCCACAUGCUUCGGGACCCUGUGAGUGGGGACAUCCCUUGGCCAGGGCUCAUUUUCGGACUCACAGUACUGGCCACCUGGUGUUGGUGCACAGACCAGGUCAUCGUGCAGAGGUCGCUGUCUGCCAAGAAUCUGUCCCAUGCCAAGGGAGGCUCAGUGCUGGGGGGCUACCUGAAGAUCCUCCCCAUGUUCUUCAUCGUCAUGCCUGGCAUGAUCAGCAGGGCCCUGUACCCAGACGAGGUGGGCUGCGUGGAUCCUGAGGUCUGCCAAAGAGUCUGCGGGGCCCGAGUGGGAUGUUCCAACAUCGCCUAUCCCAAGCUGGUCAUGGCUCUCAUGCCCAUUGGUCUGCGGGGCCUGAUGAUUGCUGUGAUCAUGGCGGCCCUCAUGAGCUCACUCACCUCCAUCUUCAACAGCAGCAGCACCCUGUUCGCUAUGGACUUGUGGCAGCGCUUCCGCAGGAGAGCCACAGAGCAGGAGCUGAUGGUGGUGGGCAGGGUGUUUGUGGUGCUCCUGGUUGUCAUCAGCAUCCUCUGGAUCCCCAUCAUCCAGAGCUCCAACAGUGGGCAGCUCUUUGACUACAUCCAGUCUGUCACCAGCUACCUGGCCCCGCCCAUCACCGCCCUCUUCCUGCUGGCCAUCUUCUGCAAGAGGAUCACAGAGCCCGGAGCCUUCUGGGGCCUCAUGUUUGGCCUGGGAGUGGGCCUUGUGCGCAUGAUCCUGGAGUUCUUGUACUCGGCCCCAGCCUGUGGAGAGGUGGACCGGAGGCCAGCCGUGCUGAAGGACUUCCACUACCUGUACUUUGCCCUCCUUCUCUGUGGGCUCACCGCCAUCAUCAUUGUCACCAUCAGCCUCUUUACUACACCCAUCCCUGAGGAAAAGCUUACUCGCCUGACCUGGUGGACACGGAACUGCCCCACCUUUGAGCUGGAGAAGGAGGCCUGGGAGAGCCAGAGUGAGAGGGAGAGUGUUCCAGGGAGGUCAGAGAGGCCGUCAGAGAGCUCCUCAGGAGGACUUACCCUGGGGAAUGGCAGCCACGGUCUGGAGCAGCCUGGAGCCCCAGCCCCAUGCAGGUCCUGGGGAAAGCUGCUCUGGGGAUGGCUCUGUGGGCUCUCGGGAGCCCCAGGACAGGUCCUGAGCCCAGAGGAGAAGGCUGUGCUGGAGCAGAAGCUGAGCAGCAUUGAGGAGGAACCGCUCUGGAGAAGCAUCUGCAACAUCAACGCCAUCCUCUUGCUGGGUAUCAACAUCUUCCUGUGGGGCUAUUUUGCAUGACUCCACAGGCUGGGCUUCAGCUGAGACAAACUAAACACAGCCCAAGCCUGGCCAGGUGCGGAGACAGGCUCUCUCUUCCUACCCUGCUCUAAACUGGAGACCGCAGAGGCUGAGCAUGGACGAGGCCCUAAGGAGCAUCUGAUGCAACACAGUCCGCGAGUGCAGAAUGCAAGGCCCAGAGAGAGUGCUGGGUUUGCCCGAGGCCACAGAGAGGCACUUGCUGUGGCACCCCCAACUCCGGCUCCCAUUCCAUUACACUGCCUUUCUCCGUUCCAGCCAAAGAGAGGCUGUUCUAGCGGGAGAUAAGAAGAGAGGCUUCAGACUAAACUUCAGGAACCAAACUCUAGCUCUGUUAUUUGCUAAAUGCAUGACAUUGGGAAAGGGGCAUCUCAGCCCUAGUUUUCUCACCCACAAAAUGGAGAUGGUAAUUGCAGCUGUUUCUUAGGGUUCUUAUAAGGAUCCAAUGAGUUAAUUCAAAUAAAGUCUUCCAAACAAUGCCUGGCACAUUACUUCAAUAGACACUAGCUACUCUUACUACCAACAGUACAGAGGAGAUGAACACACGGAAGACAUAACACCACAUGGCAAUGUCAUUUUAGAGCUAGCACAACACAUCAUCAGAGCGAAGAGCAGGGAUAAUUAUUUCUCCCAGGAGAAUCAGGAAAGUGAAUAAUUGAGCUGGGGUUUGGAGUAUAGAUGAAUUUCCUAGAAAACUCUCAUACAAGGCAGAGGGGCAGGACGUGUGAAAUUGGUAUAAAGUACAAAAGUACAUAUGGGGUCCCCACAAAAUAAGGAUGUUGCCUACUCACUUGUAGAUAUCAUCCCUAUAUAUUCAGUUUUCCCUUAUAAGUCAUAUUUUAUUGUAGUCUCUUUCCUCUACGGCAGAGCUGUGGGGUUGGCUGACCAGGGACAGGAGGGAAUGGGCACUCAAACACUGGAGCAGAAGUAGUCUGUACCCGGCCCACAUCCCCUA